UUCGAGUCUCUCUACUCCUCUUCUUAUUCACCGGAGUAACCCCAAAAAAGGAAAAAAAUAAAAAUAAAUAUUCUCCCCUUAAAAUUUUGGAAAACCACAAACAGAUUCUCUCUGUCUCACCCAAAAAAAACCUAGGAAAUCAGCGCUAUGGCUGCGGCGGUUGCAUCUGGAAUUGCCCCGACGACGGCCAUGGUUGAUCAAGUUCCAAAUCAACCGACGGUUGCUGCUGCUCCCCCUCCUCCUUUCCCUGCCGUGAGUCAGGUUGCGGCGGUUGCGGCUGCUGCUGCUGCGGCUGAGGCUUUGCAAACGCAUCCAAACUCGUCUCUCUAUGUCGGAGAUUUAGAUCCGAGUGUCGAUGAGCCACAACUGUUGAAUCUCUUUAAUCAAGUGUCUCCAGUUCAGACUGUUAGGGUUUGUCGUGAUCUGACUCGUCGUUCUCUUGGUUACGCUUACGUCAAUUUCGCCAACCCUGAAGAUGCGAGUCGUGCGAUGGAUAGUCUCAACUAUGCUCCGAUCAGGGACAGGCCGAUAAGGAUCAUGCUCUCGAAUCGUGAUCCGAGUACUCGAUUGAGUGGAAAAGGCAAUGUUUUCAUCAAAAACCUCGAUCCCUCGAUCGAUAACAAAGCUUUGUAUGACACAUUCUCGAGUUUCGGGAUUAUCCUCUCUUGCAAGGUUGCAAUGGAUGUGGUGGGACGUUCGAAAGGAUAUGGCUUUGUCCAGUUUGAGAAGGAGGAAACCGCUCAGGCUGCUAUUGACAAGCUUAAUGGCAUGUUGCUUAAUGAUAAGCAAGUCUUUGUUGGCCAUUUUGUUCGUCGUCAGGACAGGUCUCGUAGUGAGAGCGGUGCGGUGCCGCGUUUCACUAAUGUUUAUGUUAAGAAUCUUCCUAAGGAGAUUACUGAUGAUGAGCUUAAGAAGACUUUUGGGAAAUAUGGAGAUAUCUCUAGUGCGGUUGUGAUGAAAGAUCAGAGUGGGAACUCGAGGUCUUUCGGGUUUGUGAACUUUGAGAGCCCUGAAGCUGCUGCCGUUGCGGUUGAAAAGAUGAACGGUAUCAGCCUUGGGGAGGAUGUGUUGUAUGUUGGGAGGGCACAGAAGAAGUCUGAGAGGGAAGAGGAAUUGAGGAGAAAAUUUGAGCAAGAGAGGAUAAGCAGGUUUGAGAAAUUACAAGGAUCAAAUCUGUAUUUGAAGAACCUUGAUGAUAGUGUGAAUGAUGAGAAGCUCAAGGAGAUGUUCUCUGAGUAUGGGAACGUGACCUCCUGCAAGGUUAUGAUGAACUCACAAGGUUUGAGCAGAGGCUUUGGUUUUGUUGCUUACUCCAGUCCUGAAGAGGCUACGAGAGCUUUGACUGAAAUGAAUGGGAAGAUGAUUGGAAGAAAACCUCUUUACGUUGCUUUUGCUCAACGCAAAGAAGAAAGACGGGCUCACCUUCAGACUCUAUUUACUCAUAUCAGAUCACCUGGGACAAUGUCGCCAAUUCCAUCACCGAUGCCUGGGUUCCAUCAUCACCCACCAGGAGGUCCAAUGUCAGGACCACACCAUCCAACAAUGUACAUAGGUCAGAACGGUCAAGGUAUGGUACCGUCACAGCCUAUGGGGUAUGGGUACCAAGUUCAGUUCAUGCCCGGGGUGCGUCCAGGUGCAGGCCCGGCUAACUACAUGAUGCCUUUCCCUCUUCAAAGGCAAACUCAGCCUGGUCCUCGUGUUGGGUUCAGGCGUGGUGCUAAUAACAUGCAGCAGCAAUUCCAACAACAAAUUCUGCAGCAAAAUGCAAGCCCGGGAAUGCGAUACAUGGGAGGCGCAGGCAAUAGGAGGAAUGGAAUGGAAACAUCUGCUCCACAAGGCAUCAUCCCUUUGCCAUUGAAUGCUUCUGCAAUCUCUCACAAUGCUCCGCAACACCCGCAGAAGCCAUCUCUCCUCACCAUUUCUAAGCUCGCAUCUGAUUUGGCUUUGGCUCCCCCCGAGAAACACCCACAGAUGCUUGGGGAGAAUCUUUACCCAUUUGUGGAGCAGCAGGAGCCAGAAUAUGCGGCCAAAGUUACUGGGAUGUUGCUGGAGAUGGAUCAAGCUGAGAUUUUGCACCUUCUUGAGUCACCUGAGGCUCUUAAGGCUAAAGUUUCCGAGGCUAUGGAUGUUCUCAGACUCUCUGCUAAUGCACCAGCUGUGUCAUCUGUUGAUGACCAGUUUGCUCUAUCCUCUACCGAGUGAACAUACUGUUUACUCAAGACAAUGUUUCUCUGGCUUUCUUUAGACAGUUGCUUCAAAACUUUUAGGAACUCUUUAACUAGUUUUUUCUUUCUCUCCUUUGCAACUUCUCUUUGAUAGGUUGUUUUGAGUUUCUUCUCUUAGCAUUGAGACUUUUAUUCUUA